AUGACCGGUGGAGCCGCCUCCCCUCAAGACGGUGGCGCUUCUCCCUCGUUCUUGCUCAGCCUUGUCCUCGAAAUCGUCUCCGCCAAUGCAGCCGACGGAACUCACGCCGCCUACGCCAUCUUUAAAAAGGAUUGCACGGAUCUGGUUAGGAGGAUUGCUCUCUUCACGCAUUUGCUCGAGGAAAUCAGAGAUUCUGGUGGAUCCUCUGAUAAUGACCAUGUCUGUGCUUCCUCUUCCUCAUCUUCUUCAUGGUCGUGGGAUCUUACCGUGGCUCUCCAGGCGGCUAAACGUCUCGUGUCCGUCGCCUCCCCCCGCAAUUGCGAUGAUUCCUCCGAUGGAGGUGCCGAAAGAGUGUCUUUCCAAUUCCAAUGUGUUACAUGGAAGCUGGAGAAAGCUUUAGGGAAAAUCCCUUAUGAUCAAUACCAAAUCUCUGAGGAAGUUCAGGAACAGGUAUCAUUGGUAAGAGCUCAAUUGAGAAGAGCAACAGAAAGAUACGGCUCUUUGAAUUCAAAAAAAGUUUCUAAUGCAUUGUCUCAUCCACCGGGAAAACAAUGUGGGAGUACCAACAGUGAAAUUUCUGAAAAGCUGGAUAACAUUCUAGAAAGUUGUGGUGCAGAUACCAAAACAAAGAUAUUGGACAGAGUGAAGAGCUCUUCAACCUCUUCUGACGUUUGCCUAUCGGAUGAAAUUGAUCCUAAGGGGCUAGAGAAUGUGGCCACUGAGUGUCCUAAAGAAACAAAGAAGCCUGAUGCACUAGUAAUUCCUGAAGAUUUUCUGUGUCCUAUAUCUUUGGAACUAAUGAGGGAUCCGGUGAUUGUGUCCACUGGACAGACAUAUGAGAGGCCUUACAUACAGAGAUGGAUAGAUUGUGGCAAUGCAAAAUGUCCGAAAACUCAGCAAAAGCUAAUAAAUAUAACGCUAACCCCUAAUUAUGUUUUGAGAAGUCUGAUAACUCAAUGGUGUGCUAAACAUGAUAUUGAGCAGCCAAGCGGAUUAACAAAUGGUAGGCUUAAAAAGAAUGACGGGUCUUUACAUGAUGUUAGUGGUGAAAUGGCUGCCAUCCAGGCUCUGGUCUGUAAAUUAUCGAGUCAAUGUUUAGAGGAACGUAGGGCUAUUGUGGCUGAAAUCCGGUCACUAUCUAAAAGAAGCACAGAUAACAGGAUUCUAAUUGCAGAUGCAGGAGCGAUACCUGUUCUGGUCAACCUUUUAUCGACAGAUGAUGUGUCGUUACAAGAACAUGCAGUGACUUCGAUUCUUAACCUUUCCAUUUUUGAAAAUAACAAGUCUCUUAUUAUGCUUGCUGGUGCCGUUCCUUCGAUAAUCCAAGUCCUCAGAGCUGGAAGCAUGGAAGCAAGAGAGAAUGCAGCGGCGACCCUUUUUAGUUUGUCACUUGCAGAUGAGAACAAAAUAAUAAUCGGUGCAUCUGGGGCGAUACCAGCCUUGGUAGAUUUGCUACAAAAUGGGAGCACUAGAGGGAAGAAAGAUGCUGCUAGUGCUCUGUUCAAUCUAUGCAUUUAUCAGGGUAACAAAGGCAGGGCUGUGAGAGCCGGAAUUGUAACUGCCCUGCUGAUGAUGCUCACAGAUUCAAGUAACUGUAUGGUCGAUAUGGCUCUAACAAUACUCUCGGUUCUUUCUAGCAACCAUGAGGCUAAGGCUGCUAUCGUAAAGGCUAGUACCAUACCUGUUUUAAUCGAUCUUUUAAGAACUGGUUUGCCCCGCAACAAAGAGAAUGCAGUUGCCAUUUUGCUUGCUUUGUGUAAAAGAGAUACACAGAGUCUUUACUGCAUAUGUAGUCUCGGUGCUGCCGCAGCCUUGAUGGAGCUAACAAAGAGUGGGACAGAGAGGGCCAAGAGGAAGGCUACUUCAUUGUUGGAGCAUCUUCGCCGAUUACAGCAGCUCUGACCGUUACGGUGGCAC